UACCACCCAUCUUUCAGGGGUCCAAGAGAAAGUCCCAAGUGCAACAGGCUAACAGUGCUGGAUGGCGUCCCUUUCAACCUGAGACUGACCAGACAAUGAGUCUUUUAAAAUCACUGAAGGAGCUAGUAACCAGUAACUGAUGUCAAUGGUCCUCUCCUUUUCAGUGUGUGCAGGAUCACUUGGAGGCAUCUGUGCAAUGGAAGACACAUUUGAUGUUUCUUGGGAUGUUAUAUUCCAGUUCAAUUUAAAUGUGGUCCCUUACUACACAACCUUUGUGAGUGGUGCAACUUUGUGGGAUAGAGGCAUUUACCAUCCUGCUCACAAUCGUCACCAUGAGAGACCUUCAUUACUAUGCCCCAGGUUUACAGCUCAUAUGAAAAUUUCACCUGGAAUCCUUGAGUCUCCCCAGAUGCUCAGCACCAAGUUCCGGGGCUUUCCAGUCAAACAGAUGAGUCAAAACAAGAAAAAUUUCCCAACUCAGAGAAACACCUGGAGAGAUUCAGUCUGUUUUAGAAGAGGACAGAAACAGGUUGUGCAAACAAAUAUACCCAUUCACCGUGAAUAUAAAGUUCCAAAAUUACCUCCACCAAGUUUGGCUUCUAGUGAGGAAGAUCUGGCUGAGGCAGUUGUCCACACACCUACUCCAUCAGUUAGAAACCAGGAGACCCCUUUAGCACAGACUAUUGCACCAGAAGAAAAGAAAAAAGAACCUGAAGAACCUGAGCUCUUAUGGACUAACACAGAAAUUGACAAAGACACAGAGUUAGAUGAGUUAGACAAGCUUCAGAACAGUGUUUCUCCAUUACUUUCUGAAACAGAACACACUCCCUCAGAUUUCAGUAGGCCGACUUCAAGUAUAAAGAGCAACCAGACACUGUUCAGCUUUGAGAGAGAAACUGACUGGUCAGACACAGAACUUGAAGCAGCCAGUAGCAGUAGCCAAACCUCCUACCAACCCAUUCUGCAUACAAGCUCUCUACUGGUGGCAAGUGGUUACUGCAGUGGCUUUCUGAGCCCCAGUCUGAACAGUUCCAGUUACCAUGGCACUGCAAACAUUCUCCAGGCUUCAUCAUAUUCUGUGAAAAAAUGCUCAGGGCAAACACCUUCUUUCGUGGAAAUUUGGCAUGACCGUCUCCUGCACCACUGGCCUGUUCUUCCACCGAUCUCCCCACAAAGAGCACCAAAUAGCAAUUUAUCAUCUUUCUUGGCAGGCUUCCUGCUUCAUCUUGCACCUGCCUUCUUGAAAGAAAACAAGACAUCAGAUACUUAUUCAAAUAAUGGAAUAGCUGAUCAGCAGAGUAUCUACACAAUGACUGUUGGAAUGAAAUCACCAAAUACUCUGAGGAAUGAAGAAAAUUCUUUUUCUACUACUGAACUACAUCCAAAUACAGACUUGGAAAUAAAAUCAUCUAUAGCUGGAGCUUCUUUGGUUGAAGACUGUUGUUUGUUCCCCCAAUUAACAGGCUUGAAUGAAACUGAAUCCACGCUGGAGAGUAGGGACCCUCUCUCUGUUGGACACAUGAACAAGGCUCAGUUUGAUACAGUACUGAAAGAACCAGCUGAAGAGUCAAAUAAGGAUAUGGAUGGCUGUUGCAUUGGAGAUAAGAGACCUGGAGAGUCCAGAACACCCAGUCAUGCAAAUAGAGGAAGACCUUCCAAACUGGACCACACCAUUCUGCUGGGAAUGGACCAACAACGAAAAGCUGAGGGACGACAAGCUCAAGCCUUAUACAUUUACUCAAAACUCCAGGAGACUCAAAUUCCUGCAUUUCGAGCACCUGAGACUAGGACUAUCUCCAACUUUGAAGAUUUCGACUUUUUGGCAAAAUACUGCAUCUUCAGCCAGGAGAAGUUGGCUAAGUACAAAAUGGCUUUUGAAGCGGUGGAUACUGAUGGAGAUGGAUACUUGAACUGCCUGCAAGUUUUGAUGGCUCUGAAAGAAACUGUCCCUUCAGAUGCACUAACUGAUGCUGAAGAACUUUAUGUAUAUAGGAUCUUAGAGAUUGUUGACUAUUAUGUAACAGAUGGCCUGACAGACCUCCGACUCUUCGCAGUGAUGGCUAGCUUGGCACAGAAAAUAACAGCACUGGACAGUUUCAUGAGAGCAUUGAUUGGCCGCAUGGAUUUUAAAGCCUUGGAACUGAAAAUGUACAAUGCUAGGCAAUUAUUUCUGUGGAAUAUUGACUCUCACUCCAGCAGCAUCACAGUGGACCAACUUUUGGUAGAGCUGAAGGCUGGAGGGAUAAGCGAAGAGCAUGAGAAAGCCGUGCAGAGAGAACUGCGACACAUCCAGAAACUAGAUCUUCUUGAUUUCUUGACUUACCUGCCACUCUUUGUCCUUACCCACAACUCUGUCAUUGCCAAUCCACUGGAUGAUUCGAGAACAAUCUGACCAACUACCUUAACUCUAGCAGAAGGGAAGCUGAUGUCUUAUGAAGGCUUCUGAUUUACCAUUUUCCAGCAGACACCACAGAUUGUGGUGGUGCUAAGGAACUACAGAUCAGAAACAAAUUCCAAUCAAUUCACUCAUACGUGUAAAUACACCAAGGCCUAAUCUGUAGCCCUCAGUCACCUGAGCAGUCCUUGCAGGAGUUAAUCAGAUAGAGGCUCAAAUACUGAGAUUUGUAAAUGUAAAUUUUGAAGGUACAUUUGGCACCCACAGGGACAGUGGCUGAGCCACAGUCCUGGAAAUGUUCCCAAGAAUUCAACUGUGUCAGGGUUUCUGUGAUGGUGUGGCCCCCUUUAUACAUGAGGGGCCACAUUUUCAGAAGGUCUCAGCAACCACAGUUAUGCUCAAACUGGCUACUUCAUAUAGGUGCCUUGAAUGGGAAGAGUUGGAUCCAGAGCUCUUUUGAAAAUCUGACCGGUUAUCUGCCGUUAUGAUAUAUUUUUAAAAAAUGAUUGUAAAAUACUAAUAUAAUGUGUAGGAAUUCCUUUUUCUCCAUUUAUCUCAGCCAGUGCACUUUUAAGUCUGGUUACUGUGACCGGCCUAUAACUAUUGAGAAUCAACAGGUUAUUUCUAGUGUGUAGUGAGAAAUAGGCUGAAAACGCAAAGGAUUAAUUUUGCCUUUUCAAUCUGAUCACAAACGUUUUGAAAUUAUAUUGUUAAACUAUCAUUGGGUAAAGUGAGAUAAACAGCAUGUGGUUCAGGGUAGUCAGCCACUGAAGGAACCUGGAUCUGCCUAAAAGAGUCAAAAGUAAGAAAAUGUAUCAGACAAAAGCUGAUCCCAGCGGGCUUGCAAGGAUGUUGUGUCAUGGGGGAUGUUGAUGUCACAUACAGCAAGAGCAACUAUGUAUAUAGGUGGCAAUCUAUAAGUCCUUACAAUAGACUCCUAUGGAACCUUUGCUUUGUCUUCAGUGGGAGUUUUGGUUUACUAAUGUUAGGUAUGUCCAAUGAUUUUCACUGUGUUUUUGUAGCAGUCACAGGUCCUUCACAAGGAUUUUGCUUAGAUACCAAAUGCAAAGCACUCUGGACCAAAUCCUCAGCUGGUGGAAAUCAAAGUAUUGGACCAUCUGAGGUAGGGUUGCCAACUUUCUAAUCGCACAAAAACUGAACAACCCUGUCCCGUCCCUUCCCCAAGGCUCCGCCCCUGCCCCGACUCUUCUCUGAGGCCCAUCCCUGCUCGCUCCCUCACCCCUCCCUCUAUCACUCACUCUCCCUGACCCUCAUUUACUCUCACCGGAU